UAGAGCUCUGGAGGCGGCGGUGUCAGAAGGCUCCCUCUGGCGGUCAGGAGGGUAACAGCCUGGGAUGCUCGCCCGGGUGGCCGCCACUAGGGGCUCAGCGCGGCUGCAGCGGAGCUGGGCUGGGGAGGGGGCUUCUCCCACGAGGGGAGCUGCGCACUCAGACGGAGACUGGGUCAGGCGGAAGUCCCGGCGGGGCUCGACCCCCAGCACCAAGGCUCAGAAAUGAACAUGAGAAAAGGGUCUGCGGGCCGGGCGCGGGGCUGGGUCCAGCAGUCCUAGGCAGGUCCAUCCCCGCGCAUGCUCCGUCAGGCCUCUGGUAACCGGGGAGACUGGUUGCUAGGAGACCAGGCUAAUAAAGGACUCGCUCACUACCCAAAUGACAAGCAAUCCGGCUUCGUGCCAGAAACGGAGCACUUCCGAGGCAGCCAUUUUGGAGUCUGGCAAAAUUCAGGAUCCAGGCCAAAGACAGGAAGGCCAAUCAAUAUACACAAACAGGGAGGAGAAAAGAGAAUGCCGAUAAGGACACAGGGAAAGGGGCAGCGGGCCUUUGUCAUCUCCCAAAGUUUCCCAACGGGAUCCCAGUGCCCUCUGCCCUUAAUCAAGAUGGCCGCCUUGGGGUUCUAGCGCACGGUGGAAUAUGGCGGUGCUUCCGGUCCCGAUGCCCUCAGCGAAGAUGGCGGCAGUGGAGAAGCGGCGGCCAGCGGUACCACCACCGGCUGGUUUCACCGACAGCGGCCGCCAGUCGGUAUCCCGGGCGGCGGGGGCGGCCGAGAGCGAGGAGGACUUCCUGCGGCAGAUCGGCGUGACGGAGAUGCUACGGGCGGCCCUGCUGAAGGUGCUGGAGGCGCGGCCCGAGGAACCGAUCGCAUUCCUGGCCCACUACUUCGAGAACAUGGGCCUGCGCUCGCCUGUAAACGGCGGCGCCGGGGAGCCCCCGGGCCAGCUCCUGCUGCAGCAGCAGCGCCUGGGCCGCGCACUGUGGCACCUUCGCCUGGCCCACCACUCCCAGAGGGCCGCCUUCAACAACAACGUGAGCGUGGCCUACGAGUGCCUGAGCGCCGGCGGGCGCAGGAAGAGGCCAGGGCUGGACGGACGCACCUACAGCGAGCUGCUCAGGCGCAUCUGCCGGGACGGCCAGGCCCCCGAGGAGGUGGUGGCGCCGCUGCUGCGCAAGGUGCAGUGCCGGGACCACGAGGCGGUGCCGCUGAGCGUCUUCCGCGCGGGCACGCUCACCUGCUUCGUGCUGCUGGAGUUCGUGGCGCGCGCCGGCGCGCUCUUCCAGCUGCUGGAGGACCCGGUCGCCGCCGUGGCCGACCGCCGCGUGGGCCAGGCCGUGCUGGACACCCUGGAGGGCGCGCUGCAGGCCAGUGACGCCGCCGCGCCCGCGCGCUUCCUGGAGGCCGGCUCGCGCCUAGGACCCGACAGCCUGGCGCUGGCGCUGGACCGCGCCGUCGGGGGCCGGCGGCCCAGCGCGCCCAUGACCCGCGAGGAGUUCCUGGAGAGGGCGGCCGCGCUCUUCAUCGCCAAGGUCAAGCCGGUGGGCUGAGCCCCGUGCGCCGCGCGGAUCCGGGAUCUGCACUGGGGGGUCCCCGCGUGCGGGGCGCGCGGAGCCUUCCCCUCGCCCCGGUGAGGGCCUGCAACGAGGCGUCCAGCCCUGCGGAGGAGGCCGGGACUCCCAGGAAGCGGACGCCCCCUCCCCAAACACC